AUGUCAGUAACAACAGAUCACACGGUGGCAAUCAAGUAUGCGCGGGACUUUGUUGACUUUGUCAAUGAGUCGCCAACCCCUUACCAUGCCGUAGACUCAGUCAAGAAGAUGCUACUCAAUGAAGGGUUCCAAGAGAUUGUUGAGCGUAACAAUUGGUCCAAGUCCCACCAGCUUGCGAAAAACGGUAAAUACUACGUGACUAGAAACGGCUCUUCGAUCAUUGCAUUCACCGUGGGCGGGAAAUACCAAAAUGGCAAUGGGGUAGCGAUUGUUGGAGCCCACACCGACAGUCCAUGCUUGCGAAUCAAACCCAUCUCCAAACGCACGUCGGAAGGGUUCAUCACUGUUGGCGUUGAGCAAUAUGGCGGAUUGAUUGCACACACCUGGUUUGAUCGGGAUUUGUCCAUUGCUGGACGAGUUUAUGUCAAUGAAGACGGCAAGUAUGUGCCCAAGUUGUUGAAAAUUGACAAGCCGUUGUUGAGGAUUCCAACUUUGGCUAUUCAUUUGGACCGUCUGGCUAAUACCAAGUUUGAGUUCAACAAGGAGACGAAGUUGGUGCCCAUUGCUGGCCAGACUGCCUUGGACAAGAAUGAAAAAGAAGGCGAAGGAGGAGGAGACGCCGACAAGGAAAAAAAAUCAAGCAAGUGCGCUGAUGAUCCAGCUUUGCAAAUGUCGGCGGAGCAAUUUGAGUCGGUACAAAAUGUCAUUUCCAGACAUAACAAAUCCUUGAUUCAGUUGAUAGCUAAGGAGUUGCAAGUCGAGCCGCUGCAGAUUGAAGAUUUCGAAUUGCUCUUGUUUGACCAUCAGAAAUCCACCAUUGGUGGACUAAAUGAAGAGUUUAUUUUCUCACCGAGGUUGGAUAAUUUGACUUCAUGUUUUGCUGCUACCCAGGCGUUGAUUGAGUCUGUCGACCAAUUACCGAAUGAACAAGGGAUCCAAAUGAUUAGUUUGUUUGAUCAUGAAGAAAUUGGAAGUCGAAGCCUGCAUGGUGCCGACUCAUCAUUUCUUCCGGAUAUUCUCCAGCGUUUAGCCAAGGUUGACCUUGACGGCACCUAUAACAAGGGCGCUGCUGUUGAUUUCUUCCACGAGCUUGUUUCCAAAUCCUUUUUGUUGUCUUCGGAUCAAGCUCAUGGAGUCCACCCCAACUAUGCCGAUGCUUAUGAGCCCAAGAACCGACCACAAGUGAAUGCGGGACCAGUUAUCAAGAUUAAUGCCAAUCAGAGAUACGCCACCAAUUCCCCCGGAGUCGUUUUGAUUAAAAAAGUUGCUGACAGAGUCAAGGUGCCACUCCAGUUAUUUGUCGUUCGCAACGAUUCGCCAUGCGGCUCUACAAUUGGACCACUUUUGAGCUCGAAGCUCGGACUCCGGACUCUAGAUUUGGGAAACCCGCAAUUAUCGAUGCACUCGAUCAGAGAAACUGGAGGAACUUAUGAUGUCGUUAGACUUAUGGAUUUGUUUAAAUCGUUUUUUGAGAGUUACGUCGACAUAGAAUCCAAGAUCUUGUGUGAUCAUCUUUGA